AUGCUUCGCUACCACUGCGAGCGGGAAACCCUGUGUCUUUCCCAACUCAAUUUUGGUGUCCAGGGGGGAAACCACCAUGUUGUACUAGGCGGCAAGAACACCCUUAAACUUCUUGUGUUGUCUCAAGACCAGCGCCAGAUACUAAGAGAUAUCAACUUAUUGGACUCUCGGUCCAAGCUUAACAACAUAAAUACCAUAAAAACAAACGAAAACAAAAUUGCUUGUGGACUCACCUCGGGCAGUAUAGCCCUCUACGGUACCAGAAACAACGGCAAAACGUAUCCUUUACAACGACUAAAUGAUCAUAAAAGAUGUAUCAACAGCCUUGAUUUCCCAGAUACAAACCUGUUGAUCUCGGGUUCUCAAGACGGUACCAUAAAACUCUGGGAUCUCCGUCUGCCUGCUGGUCAUGCUUCGGUCACCCUUGUUUCCGGUCCUCAUGCCGAUCCCGUACGUGCUUGCCAACAUUCACCACAUGCUCCAGCUCGCAAUAAAUUGACAAUUCUUUCGGUUCACGAUUCAGGAACUCUCCACAAAUAUGACCUCAGAAUGUCCAACCAGCCGUGUCGCCGCUGGAACUUCCACACGGGACCAGCACUCUCGCUUAGCAUCCACCCAACUGCCGAAUAUGUGCUCACAGGAAGUCGAGAUCACAAGAUUUGUGUUUGCAGUUACAACGAAACUUCCACCAUGCCUGAAGUCACCGUGAAUACUUUUGGACCAGUGAUGAAGGUGCGGUGGAGCCCUUAUGAAUCGGACGCCGAUUUUAACACCCCAGACCUCUACCGCUAUGAUUUUGCAUGCUCCUACCUUAACGAGGUACCCACUAUUGCCGUAUACAAUCUCCGCCGAAAAUUUAUUGCAAGAGAACUCGUUUCUACAUCUUCCGAUCGUCCGUUCCAAAACUUUUUGUGGGCGCAAAACCCAGAAGGACGCCGUAAACUUUGGACCAUUACAAAGUCCAACUUGUUCAUGGCCCAUGACCUCGACGACUCUGCCAAUGUUUCCAAGCCUUUAGAGCAAAUGCCGUCCACGGCUGUAUCGUUGUCAGCCAACAAUCUCUCGUUUGUAUCCAAUUCCAAGCUGGAUUUCGAGGCUCCAGACGUCCACACAUCACCUUCAGUCCAUCCCGUCACCCUUCCUAUCCACGAUAACCACUCGGUUGUUGCUGAAAAUUACCUUUAUAAUGUUCCAGACGGUUUUGACAUCCCCACCGUUUGCGAGUUCAAUUCCAACGUUGCACAGAAUGCCGGUCGUCUUCGAGACGCUCACACUUGGCGCAUCAUUGGUGCUGGGUUUGGCAUCGAAACCUCGUAUGUGGAACCCGAGCCCGUGGACCCGGUAGCAGACGAGUCGCAGUCUUCAGAAUCAGAAUUGAACUUUGGUAAUUCUUCGCUGACACUGACUACUCAUUAUGGAGGUCUGCUGGGUCGCAGCCGCAGUGAUCUUGGAAUCCUGAAAAGCACGUCGCUGAGCAAUCUUAUCGACCUUAUAAAACAGCAUCGAAACAGUUCGAUGUCGCUCUCUGAAAGUCCGGCAAAACGAGAAAGUUUCACCAAAAAUAUCCGCCCACUUUCUGAGAGCUUUGCAUCGGAAACAACCGACCCCCCGUCACUCCGAAAGCAGUCGUCAAUGCCGCUCAUCGCAAACGACCCAGAUACAAAAUUACCACUCCGCCGAGCGUCUUCGGUGAGACCGCUUUCCACCGUUGAAGAAUCGCAGCUUUCCAAAGUGCUCUCCAAUCUUCCGUUGCAAAAUCGCCUGGAACCAUGGCAAUCAAAACUGCUUGUUACGGCGGCACUAGACUACUCGACAUCCCAGGGAGAUCUCGUGCUUGCGUGUGCGUUAACCCUUUUAUUCUACGACCGCUACAAAUACCUGAAAGGGUUCGAGCCGUGGGCUUGUAAAGAACGCAUCGCUCAGUACAUCGACGUUCUUCACCAGUGGAGGCUCUUUUCCGUGGCCCUGGCGGUGAUCAAUCUGGUGCCUAAAGACUUGGAGGAACUAAGAGCUUUGAAGGAAGUGGACCUCAGAUUUUUCUGUUGUUUCUGUGACAAAGUCAUACUCAAUGAAAAUAAGAACAAACACGAUUUUGGAUACUGGUACUGUGACCUGUGCUCAAGGCAACAACCAAACUGCGUUUAUUGUCACGAGCCGUGUCAUGGCUUAAAUGUGGUUCGAAGUCUCAAAUGCGGCCAUCGGGGCCACUUUGGCUGCUUGAAACAAUGGUUCGUGGAAGAGGGAAAUAGCGAGUGUCCCGGUGGAUGUGUCAUGCAAUUGGAGUAG